AUGAGUGUGGCCAGUGGUGCACCAACUUCCGAGCAAACACAGACGAAUGAUGGCAAUAGAGUAGAACCACAAAUCGAAUAUGAUACAACCGAGGAGCAUGACCCCGGUACGCAAGCAACAGAUCAUGCAGUCGUGACAAGGCCGGCGGAGGAAGUAAAAUGUGCGACGGAAUCAGCUAAAAAACCGUUGAUUCAAGAACCAGUACAAGACGAAAGCAAUGAGCGACCACCGAAGGAUAUAUUCGACACUGACGUGUGA